AUGAUUGUUUCGAGGCUGGAGGCAGCGAUAGAGCGCGCUGGUGGGCUCGCGCCAAACCAGUUCGGCUUUCGGAAGAGGAGAUCGACCCUGGAUGCCAUUGAAACGGUCACAAGCCUGGCCGCGAACGCCAUCGCUGGCGCAAGAUGGAAAAAAGGCGCCAAGGAAUAUUGUCUGGUAGUUACUCAAGACAUCCGGAACGCCUUCAACUCUGCGGACUGGAGGCGGACACUGGAGGCACUGGAAGCCUUCAGCAUCCCGGGCUACCUGCUGAGGAUAGUCCGCAGCUACCUCAGCGAGAGGAGUCUCAUCGUGGACACGUCCCAGGUCGCCGGCCUCGAACUGGCCUCGCACAAGACCGAAGCAGUCCUGAUCUCCAGCAGGAAGCGCGUGGAAACGGCGGAGAUCCGGGUAGGUGGACUUCCAAACACCUCCCAGCGCGCACUGAGGUACCUGGGCGUCAUCCUGGACACACGCCUCUGCUACAGAGAACACUUAGAGUAUGUUCACAAGAAGGCCAGCGAAACCGCAAGGUCCCUCUCCAGGAUCCUGCUGAACACCAGGGGGCCCAAGCAGUGCAAGAGGAAGCUGCUCAUGAGCGUCGUCACGUCGCAACUCCUCUAUGCAGCCCCAGCCUGGGCGGAGGCUGUGAAAGUCAGGAGCUAUGUGAGGGGUGUAGAAGGAACCUACCGCCUAUGCGCUCUAAGAGUAGCGUGCGCCUUCAGGACUGUCUCCGACGACGCGGCCCUAGUCAUAGCGGGGCAGGUGCCGAUAUGCGAGCUGGUUCGAGAAGCUCAGGAAGUACGUCUCUCACGCGAGCCGGACAACUCUUCGGCGAGGCGCGAGGCCAGAGUCAGUGCUAGGCGCAGGAGCAUCGCCUGGUGGCAACCAGAGGACCACAGCCCUGAAUGCGUGCACCACGUUCUCUUCGAUUGCCAUCGAUUCCACCACGAGCGGCUAGCACUGGAGGAAGUCGUGGGCGCUGCCAUCGGAGCUGACAACCUGGUCCCCAUCAUGCUCGCCAGCCAGAAGGCCUGGGACGCGACAGCCACGUUCGUGGCAAGCGUCAUGAAAACGCUGAGGACCCUGGAAACGGAAAGAAGGAUGCCUGCGGAGUAG